GAUUAUUACAGACCCCCUUAUAUAGGAGGCAAGUAUUCAUAGUAGAAAAGUCUGAUGACAGAUUGGAGGGUUGGUGAGGCCAUCUGUGCUGCUCUGAUUGCCUCUCAUGAGGGUUCUGUUCUUAUUGGUAUAUGCUCUGAGUCAGUGUGAGGAAUCAGCUCACCUGUGGAACCAUUGGGGAACUGACGCUACGGCAACCAACAUCGCCUGCGCUGCACAGGAUCAUGCUCCUCAAUCAGAUCUAUCCGUACUGAUUGGUAUUGGUACUCUACUGUAAGCUAGAAUGAAUCGUUGGACUAAACUUCUUAACUGGCAUCGCAUGCACAAGGAUGGCGAAGUGCAAGAAGAGAAAGCACAAGGUCAGGGAGAAGAGAAGAAGAAAGACGAGAAGGAAAAAAUCAAUUGGAGAGAGUGGGUGAUUGAUCCAUCUGGAGAGUUUUACUAUGGCUGGUUGCAAGUCAUGAUCUUUCCUGUCAUCUAUAACUGGGUUAUUAUUAUCCUGAGGGCCUGUUUUUAUGAGGUUGCGCAGACAUAUCUGGCAGUUUGGCUCACCUUAGACUACGUCUCUGACCUGGUCUACAUAGCUGACAUUGUUAUCAAAGUCCAUACUGGGUUCAUGGAGCAGGGUAUUCUUGUUCGUGAUCAGUCUCGUCUGAAAAAACGCUACCUACGAUCGUCUCGUUUCCUGUGGGACAUGGCCUCCCUGCUGCCCACUGACCUGCUUUACCUGCAGCUGGGCAUCCACACGCCCCUGGUCAGGGUAAACCGUUUCCUGCGGACAGCCCGCCUGUCAGAGGCUUUGGACCGUAUGGAGACUCGAACGGCCUACCCUAACGUCUUCCGCAUCUCCAAACUCAUGAUCCUCAUUUUCAUCCUCAUCCACUGGAACGCAUGCAUCUAUUUCUCGCUCUCCAACUACAUCGGCUUUGGUGUUGACGAAUGGGUCUACCCCAACAUCUCGGAUCCUGAGUUUGCUUCCAUGAGACGUCAGUACUUCUAUUCCUUCUGGUUCUCCACUCUGAUCCUCACUACAGUGGGGGACACACCUCAGCCACAACGUGAGGAGGAGUACCUUUUCAUGAUCGCCGACCUGCUGAUCGCAGUGUUGGUGUUUGCCUCUGUUGUGGGGAAUGUGAGCAACGUGAUCAUGAACCUGCAGAACCGAGACAACGUGUUUUUCCCCAAUCACGAGCUGGUGAAGGGCUACCUGCACAGCCGGAGAAUCACCAAAGAGCUGCAGGGCCGUGUUAACAGCUGGUACCAACAUCUACACAUCAAUAAAAAGAUCACAAGGGAGAAUGAAAUCCUCCAGCAGCUGCCUGUCACGCUGCAGACGGCCAUCACUGUGAGCGUGCACCUGCCCACGCUUUCCAAAGUGACUAUUUUCCAGAACUGUGAGAGCAGCCUGCUGGAGGAGCUGGUGCUCAAACUCAAUCCACAGGUCUACAGCCCAGGAGAGUAUGUGUGUAGGAAAGGAGAUGUGGGCCAUGAGAUGUAUAUCAUUAAAGAGGGAAAGCUGGCUGUUGUGGCAGAUGAUGGGGUCACUCAGUUUGCUGUGCUGGGUGAAGGGAACUUUUUUGGCGAGAUCAGCAUCCUGAACAUCAAAGGCAACAAAUCGGGAAACCGGCGCACAGCCAACAUCCGCAGCAUCGGUCACUCUGACCUGUUCAGCCUGUCCAAAGAGGACCUGACAGACACACUGUCUGAGUUUCCGGCUGCCAAGCGCCUGCUGGAGGAGAAGGGCCGUCAGAUCCUGACCAAGAUGGGCAUGCUGGAAAAGACGGACGAAGGCGAGGAGGAGAAAGAGAAGACAGAGGACAAGGUGACGCGUUUGGAGGGCAGCCUGGAGGAGCUGCAGACCAAACUAGCCCGACUGAUGGCUGAGCUGGAGUCCAGCGCCCGAAAGAUGACGAGGCGUGUGGAGCACCUGGAGCUGCAGACGGAGGGCUGGGAGGGCAUAGUGGCUGAAGGAGCCUGGAGCGAAACGGAGGAGGGAGAGAGAGAGAGGGAGGUCGGGGAUGGAGAGGGGGAAAAGGAGGAGGAGCCAGAGGGAGAGCGGGGAGAGGGGGAUGGGGGAGAAGAAGAGGAGGGAGUGGGGAAGGAUGUAAAAGAGAAAAAGUGAUGGAGAAAGAAGGCAUGUAAAGAAUGGGAAAAACUUAUUAUAUUAAAUCAUGAGCUACAAUACUAAACUUAAUCACAUGCCGGCACUUGCAUGUAGGGAUUACUUUUAUUUUUUUUUUUGCAGGUUUAACUACUUUUUUUGUCUUUUACUAUGAUUGUCUUUUCACUGAUUUAAAUAUAUGUGGUUAUCUUAUGACAUAUAUUAUCAUAUACAUAUAGAUAUCACUGC